CAACGCCGCGCCAUCCCGGGGCUGUCAAUGCCACGUUACCAAAUCGCUCGAUCUCAAGCAUCCAUGAAUCCAUCCGUCUUCCAAGCUUUUGCUUUGCUGUGCUCCUCGUGAUUUUCCCCUUGUGCCUAUCUGUCUCAGCACCAACAGCCACUUUUCCAUCCCUUUUGUUGUGCAUCAUGGCGAUUUUCCCUGCCGAUGGCCAACAACAAGGGAUCACGAGUCAAAAUUCCAAGGAUACUGCCUCCAAACUCAGGGGUAAACGGGUUCAGAAGCUUGAUGCAGCUAUUAUCAGGGGUCUUACGAGUGCUGUGCAAGAGCUUGAUAGCCACGCCGAGGUAGCAGAUUAA